AACAUUUUUUGGAGGUAAUGAAUGAUUUUAAAACUCAUAAAAAUAUUUUGAAUUUCUGGAACAUUUUUUGAAUUCGCAAACAUUUUUACUAAUUUGUGAACAUUUAUUUCGGUCACUUAUUUUGUUACAGGUUUGUCGGUCUUUCAAAGCACACCAAACAUACUAAAAGAUAUUCUCAUAGAGAGGUUGGAAACAUCACUUAUUCUUUCGGCGGUAGUAUGAAGUAUAUUUUUUUUACCAAAGAUACAUAAGCUAUAUUUGAUCGUGUAUUAAUGUGUAAAAUACUAGUCAAUUUAUUAAUGUUGGUAAGAUUUAGCGAUAUUUUUUUGGUUCUUAUGAUAAUCACAUCUCACUGAAGAUUUGAGGCAGAAUUUUAUUGCUGGUUUUUUUGGUGCAUAUUGAUAAUAUGCCAUAUUUUGACAUCAUAUUUAUUAUUUUCCACAUUUGAUGUGGAAGCCCAUUUGACGUGGGCGAUCCAUGGCGACCCCUAUGUAUGUGUAGACCGUUUCCGCAGCUCACAUGCCUUGUGUGUUGUGUCCCUAUGUUCGUCGACCAUCUUCGGUGUUGUAUCGAGCAUUUUUUUUUGGUUUAUUUUCUUGUUGCUAUAGGAAGUUCUAGUUAUAAAAAAUUUAGCAGAAGUUCUAAACUGUCAAGGGUCUCAGUUUAAGUCCGAGCAAGUGCCUCCGCUCUGAAAAAAGAGAGCUCAUUCGGCGUUCAAGGACUUACAUGCAAAAUGGGAUAAGUAAAGGAACCUGGGUCAAAAUCCUGUGGGAGUACGCCAUGUGGCCUCGUUAAAUCCUGUGGGGCCGGCCGUCUUAUAGUUCCGAUGCUAUGCUUGUUUUAUUUGUUCCUUUCCAUUGCGAGCGAAGAAGGCAAAAGUCUCGCAUGUGGUAAAUCCUUUUCUUCUCCUCGAUGGCAAGCAUCACCAGAGCCUAGGCGCCUAGCAUCCAGUUCCAUCUCUCGAAUACGCCGCUAGCUUGGUGCAGCCGCAAUCCAGAGGAGAGGUAGCUUGCUUGUCAUGGUCGCCGGCUGCAUCCUUGCCUUCACUCGUAGUCGGAGGUAGCCGCCGGCCAUGAGAGUUUCUCCUCCCUCCUCCUCGCCGUGCCUGCAUGGCCACGGAGGCAAGGUGGCGUGCGCGGUGGCCGCCUGCCUUGCGCUCGUGACCUUCCUGGUGGUCGCCUUGGAUCCCAGGACCGGAGCUUCGUCCUGGUUCCUUUCCUCCUCCUCUUCUCCUCCAGGCGUUGUCUCCUCCUUGCGGCCAACCGCGAGGGGUGGCAGCAAUGGAGGCGGCGCCCCUCUCUUGGCGACUUCCAGCUAUGCUGCCGGCGGCAAGGCGGUGCUCUUCCGGGAAGAAGCUGCUGGCGGCGGCCCGGCGGUGGCUUCCUUCACCAAGGCUGAUUCCGGCUACGCCUCCGUCGCUCCGGCGCCGGCGCUGGCUCCGGAAAGUGGAUUUGACGAUGCCGAUAGCCCGGACGGCACGGUUGAAGUAAGGGUGCCGUUAAUGCAAGGGAGGGUGGAUGUAAAACUGGAAAGGGUAGAACUUGGUCUCGCGAAAGCUCGUUUAGUGAUAAGGGAAGCUAUCCGAAACAAGGACAAGCGUCCUCCACUAACCGACAGGGAUUAUGUGCCGGUUGGACCGGUAUACAGGAAUGCCUACGCAUUUCACAGGAGCUACUUGGAGAUGGAAAAGCUGUUCAAGGUGUACGUGUACGAAGAAGGCGAGCCACCGGUGUUCCACGACGGUCCGUGCCGCAGCAUAUACUCAUCGGAGGGCAGAUUCAUAUUUGCCAUGGAGAUGGAGAACCGGAUGCGCACGAGGGACCCCGAGCUUGCCCAUGUCUUCUUCCUUCCCUUCAGCGUCGUCAAGAUGGUGAAGAUGAUCUACGAGCCCAACUCGCAUGACAUGGAGCCGCUGCGCCGGACACUCUCGGACUACAUCGACGUUCUGUCCACCAAGUACCCGUACUGGAACAGGAGCCUCGGCGCGGACCAUUUCAUGCUCUCCUGCCACGACUGGGGGCCGUAUGUGUCGUCGGCGGACGGCCAUCUUUUCUCCAACUCCAUCCGCGUGCUGUGCAACGCCAACACCUCCGAGGGCUUCAACCCUUCCAAGGACGUGUCACUGCCGGAGAUCAACCUCCGGACCGACAUCGUCGACAAUCAGGUCGGCGGGCCAUCAGCGUCGCGCCGCCCCAUCCUGGCCUUCUUCGCCGGCGGCGACCAUGGCCCGGUCCGUCCGUUGCUCCUGCGGCACUGGAAGGGCAAGGAUGCCGACGUGCAGGUGAGCGAGUACCUGCCCCGGGGCGUGUCGUACAUCAACGUGAUGCGGCGGAGCAAGUUCUGCCUGUGCCCCAGUGGCUACGAGGUGGCCAGCCCCAGGGUGGUGGAGGCCAUCUACCUCGAGUGCGUGCCGGUGGUCAUCGGCGACGACUACGUGCUGCCCUUCAGCGACGUGCUCAACUGGCCCGCCUUCUCGGUGCGGGUCGCCGUGGCGGACAUACCCAACCUCAAGACCAUCCUCGCCGCCGUGUCGCCGCGGCAGUACAUACGGAUGCAGCGGAGGGUGAGGACCGUGCGCCGGCACUUCAUGGUGAACGGCCCGCCGCGCCGGUUCGACGUCUUCCACAUGAUCCUCCACUCCAUAUGGCUCAGGAGGCUCAACGUCAGGCUCCAUGGACAAGACUGAAAUAUUCUUGGGUUUCCCUUCUUUUAGGGAGCGUCUAACAACCAGUCAACUGGUUUUGGUUUGGGUCUAGGCCAAAUUUCUUGUCCAGUUAUGAUUUGACACAUGUCUACCGGCCUAGUUUUGCAUGGUAAAUAUUUGUUUUUGGUUUGGGUGUUGGGGAGUGUCUAACAACCAGUCAGCUGGUUUUGCAUGGUAAAAAAUGAAUAAAAUGCAUUGGUGGUCA